AUGGGUGCGGACGAAGACACUGCGGUGGGUGCUGCGCUCGCCGAGAUGGAUGACGCCAUCUCUCACGCGAUGGAGGAGGAGAAAGAACUUCCGGUCACCGUUGCGCUCAUGAUGCGUCCCUUGGUUGGUCCUGAGCUCGUGGAUGGGUGCCAGGCCUGCGUGUUUCCCAGUGCUACCGAGCCUUCCGUUACGCUCGUGUCGGACCACAAGUUCACCUACGACCACGUCUAUCACCCCGGAACCGAGUGCGAUGGACCCACCGAGAAGAGGCUAUUCGAGCAGUGCGUAGAGCCCCUCGUGAACGGGCUGCUCUCCGGGUACAACGCCACGGUGCUGGCGUACGGCCAAACCGGUUCAGGCAAGACGCACACCAUGGGAACAGCAUACGAGCCGGGCGGCGCAACCGAGGGUGUCAUCCCUCGCGUCAUGAAUGCACUCUUCUCAAACAUCGCGGCGCUCUCGGACGACGUCACGGUGAAUCUGAAAGUGUCGUUCAUCGAGAUCCACAAGGAGGACAUCAGAGAUCUGCUGGGUAGUAACAACCAGAACGUGUCCAUCCGCGAUGCACCCGGCGCCACGGGCGGCGUAGUCCUCAUGGGUGUCAAGGAACUGCCGGUAAACACCCUCGAGAAGAUGGCCGGCGCGCUGGCCAGUGGAUCGCAGAGCCGAGCCACCGCGGCGACGGGGAUGAAUCAUAGGUCUUCGCGCUCGCACGCCAUCUUCACCAUCCAUGUUGAGCGAAAGGGUGCUGACCCAGCAGAUGUGACCCGCGCAAAGAUCCACCUGGUCGACCUCGCCGGCUCCGAGAGGGCGAAGCGCACAAAAGCCGAAGGUCAGAGGCUGAAGGAGGGUAUCCAGAUCAACAAGGGUCUGCUGGCUUUGGGUAACGUCAUCAGCGCUCUCGGGGAUGAUAAGCGACGCAUGGCAGGUGGUCACGUCCCAUAUCGUGACUCAAAACUCACCCGGCUGCUGCAGGACUCGCUCGGAGGUAACUCUCGCACAGUGAUGGUAGCCUGCAUCUCGCCUGCGGAUGCAAACUUGGAUGAGACCCUCAACACGCUAAAGUAUGCCAACAGAGCGAGAAAUAUCAUGAACAAGCCCACGGUAACCUUUGACGAGAAUGCGUCUCAGCAGGUGGCGAAGCUUCGACGCAUGCUGGCCACUGCACGUGCUGAAGUGGCGCACCUCAAGCUCAAUGGUGUGAGUGGCUUCAGCAGUAGCAGUGACACUAACGGCUUCGUGGAUUCGACGAAACUCGAGGCGAUGGAAGCUCGUGCCAUGAUUGCGGAGGCGGAGGCAGCCAGGCUCCGCGCAGAUUUGGUAGCAGCUGAGGAGACCGCUGCAGCCGCACAGGCUGCUGAGCUUGCGGCAACGGUCGAGCGAGAUCGCCUGGCUCUCAAGAUUGAGGAUUCAGGUAUGAAUCCGGAACAGGACGAGGGUGGCUCUAACGUCAUAAGGAGCUAUCUCAGCACCAUUGCCCUCCUUCGAUCUGAGCAGAGCAGGCUGCGCCACCAACUAAAGGCGUUUCAGGAGGGACGUGCAGAUCCAUAUGGCGAGGACCCCGCGGCAAACUACGACCUCGACGACAACGCUCUCGACUUCGAGGAAGAACACGAGGACCUCGAGGAUGAGGAAGAACCCCUCGAAAUUGACGAGGACCUCGAGAAUGACGAGCUCCACGCCGAGCUUGCCACUGUCGAGCGCACACUGCAGGCAAAGGAGGCUCGCAUGCGCGCCAUGUCGUCCGCGGCUCAGAAGCUGCAGGACGAAGUCGACGCCGCCACUAUGGCACGCGGUGACAGCGCACCCACCCUGGGCAGCCCCGAGCAACAGGUAGUGGAGGAACUCAGGGAAAAGUACGGCAGGCUGCUGAAGUCGCUCGAGUCUGAGAAGUCCGAGCUAGCAGCUGAGCGCGAUAAGCUCCUCGAUGCACUCGCUGCUGCCGCCAAGCAGGGCGAUGAUGUGCGCAAGGAGGUUGAAGCAAAGAACAGGGCAAGACUGCAGGAGCUGGAGAAACGCCUCAAGGAGUUGCAUAAGCUUGCAGCGAAGCACAAGGAGGCACAGAGGCUGAGGGAAAAGAGUGACCAAGCGGCAAAGACGCUGCAGGCUGAUAUCCAGCGCCUCCGUGCCGCGCGAGUUGAGCUUGUGCGACGCAUGGAACAGGCUGCCAAGGAUGGAAUCUCAAAGCAGAGGGAGGCGGAACGCGCGCUCGAGGCUGCGAGGAAGGAAGGACGCCGUCACGCCAUUGCUGCGCAGAAGGCUCAGGCUGCGGUUGAUAGACAGGCUGCUGUGCUCCGCCGCAAGACUGAGGAGGCUGCGAACGCGCGAGACCAGCUUCGUGCUCUGCAGGCCGCGGCAAAGGCGAACCUCAGGAAGAAACCCGGAGCUACGGCAUCAGCUCCCCCUGUGGCCGCUCCGGUGGUUGCUGCGCAGUUGGCUUCAGCUGUCGCGCCUGCGGUUGAGGUUGCCCCCAUCCCUGGACCAGGAAAAGGUGGUCCGGGCACUGGCCUUGGCCUCAACGCACGGAAAGCGUGGCUUGAGUCUGAGAUUUCUGCUGCGAUAGAGCAAGCAGAGCUGAGACACGCGCUGGAGGAGUCCCUGGCUCGUCGCGCUGCACUCGGCAGACGGUUUCCCCACCUCGCCUCUCCUGGUAAGUCUGCUUUUGAGCGUACCCCAGGUCAUGCGCUCACCCCUGGUGGAUCGGUGGACGAAGCCGUCGAGGAGGAAAUGCGCGCUGUUACAGAGCAGAUCGCGAUGCUUCAGGAGCGCGUGUAUCAAUCAGAGGAGCGCGAGGAGGUUCGCGGUGGCAUGAAAAGAUGGUCCCGCGUCAGGUCCCUCGGCGAGGCACGAUCUCUGCUCACCAUCAUGUUCAACACCGCAACUAACGCGCGACGCAAAACUGAUCCGGGUUCGCUUCCCUCGGGGGCCUCCGGGGCUUCGGGGGUUGUGGAAGAGGCCGAUGCCGUGCUUCGUCAGCUCAAAUCCGCGAAGAAGAAACCCAAGAAGUUCGUGCGUCCUCCUUGGCAGGCUGUUGGCCCUUCUAGCCUCAGCGGUUCACCUGAAGAGGCUCAGGAGGAAAAACCUGAGCCCAAAAAGAAGGUGUCCACCAUCGAAUACGCCGAGACCUCGGAAUCAGAGUCGGAAGACGAGGUGGAUCUCGCUGAGCACGAUGACCCCGAGUGGAACGAAGACUGUCAGACACCCGCGGUUAUCGGCGGCCGAGUCCGCCGCGUCUUGGCCAAAGAAGCAAAAGAUGCUGUUAAGAAAGGUCCGGCGUGCACAGUCUGCACCCAAAUGUUCAGCAAGCGGGUGGAGGGUCAUCAGAAGAGCCACAAGCGCUGCCCCUUCUAUUCCAUGUAUCUCCUGGAUAAGGACAUUAAAUUGCUUGAGCUCCAAGAUGACAUCGAGGCCAAGGAUGAGCUCAAGGCGAAGACGGCUGAACUCAAUGCCGAGACAAACCGCCUUCACAAGGCCGUGAUGGACGGAGUCAUUCAACCGCCCGUUGAGGAUGCUGAACUCAGCCCGGAAGACGACUCCGGUUCAGCACGCGAUUCGAUUUCCAGCGACGGCACGUUUGAGAAGACAACCGAGAGCAAUCGAGGCGAAGGUGAUACCCCGUCGGGUGCUCCCCCUGACGUGCCCCUCUCUGAGCUCAUCACAACCUGCAGGGAGGCUAGGCGCAGAGCCGAGUCUUUGCUGCACGCGUCGGGUGGAAACACCGGGAUGAGCGUCGGCCGUAGCCCUUUCGGGGACGUUUCCAACUCGGCUCCAGGAUCUGCCUCGGUCACAGCUGAUGUGCGAAAGCGGAUGAGCUUUGGUGGUGCUAGUAUGGACGCGGUUGAGUUCACCGGGGUGACAGUGGGACGGGGCAGCACAGGCGGUGUUCCUGAGGAAACUGAGGACUUCCAGUUCAAGCCGAUCGUGGACGCGACCGAAGAGUUCAAAUUCAAGUCGGUCGUGAACGCGACCGAGGAGUUUCGGUUCCAGUCUUCGGUCAACCCCGACGACCUGUGA